AUGAGUGUUCUACUCCCUCAAAUCGGUGGUCUCACCCUCAACAACAGCUUUAGCACAUCGUCCUUCCAAACAAUUAGCGAUGAUGAGCUUGCGGGCACUGGCUACAAUUCAGUGCCUUUCUCUGGUAGGGCUCAACAAAUGGAACAUGUGAUGGACGAAAUCGACAAGUGUGGCUUCAUCCCCGAGAAUCUGAUAGAGCAGGAAACGAGAAACUUUUACGAGAACCUUGGAAUUGCUGAUGUAUACUUUUCGCGUGAGUCUGUUGCUGGGAUAGUGUCGCAUAUCCAUGCUCUGUACUCUGCCAAAUUGGAUGCGUUUGCAAGAGGUGUGGAGGACAAGCCCUUUUUGCACCACAAGAGAGAAGAAGAUGACCACGCGGUUUACUUCGAGACCUUCGAAGGAGUUGCUCAGUAUGAGUCGGAAAUUGACGAUAAGUACCUGGACCAUCCCACUGAUUCUCCCAGCUAUCGUCUGGAGCUGUUCAGCACCACGAUGCCUACAUACUCGGUCAAGUGUCAUUUCGUCUACAAGUGCAACUUCACCGGGGAAGCCGUUUCUGAAAACGAGACUGACCUUGACCUCAUUAGUGAUACCACGUUUCUGGCCAUUGCAUCUCAACACACCAAGAAUCUUUACUCUGAGGUGAUCCGUGAGGUUGUCCUGACCAGUGGUCCUGUGAUCAAGCACUUUGGAGUUGUGAGUUCAGGCGAACAGAGAGUCAUUAUUGGUUACCGUCAAAACAGUUCACCUCGCUAUAGCUCAGCUUUGAGUGCUCUGUGCAACUACUACAAGCUGAAGAUCACCAGGAAGUAUGUGGAGCAAUUUGCCAAUGGCAUUUCUGUAAUCUCCAUUUACAUCUCGGCACAAGAUUCCCUGAUUUCGCCCGAACUGUCUCUUUACCAAUUAACCAAGGAGGCCUCGUUGUUGUACUGCAUUCCGAACAACAUGUUCUACUCCAAGUUUGUGAGUGGGGAACUGUCUCUGCAGGAGUGCAUUUAUGCUCAUUGUGGUGUGAUAUUCGUGACGCAUUUCCUGAACAGACUUGGUCCAGAAUUCAACACCUUGAGAUCGCUUCUGGAUCCUUCCAAGUCUCUGGUUCACAGUGAACUUCUCUCCAAGCUUAAGGAGAGACUGAGAUCUGAGACUUUCACUCAAUCGUACAUCAACGAGAUCUUCCAGAAGGAGAUUGGACUCGUGAAACAGCUCUAUCGCCAAUUUGCAGACGUCCACUAUGUUCAUUCUUCAAUGGAGAAGACUCUUUCGUAUCAGAGAAUUUCCGCCAUCAAUCCAAUAGGCUCAGAGAAGGAUUUUGAGGAUCUAUUAGACAGAUGUCAGAACGAGCAUCAUGCUCAGGUCUUGAGAGCUCUCCACUCCUUCAACAAGAGUGUUCUAAAAACCAACUUUUUCACUCCGACCAAAAUAGCCAUCUCCUUCAGACUGAACGCAACCUUCUUGCCGCCCACCGAGUACCCCAACAAACCAUUCGGUAUGUUUUUCGUUGUGGGUUCUGACUUCAGAGGUUUCCACAUCAGAUUCCGUGAUAUCGCGCGUGGUGGAAUUAGAAUCGUCAAGUCGAGAUCGGUAGAUGCUUAUCAGGUCAACCUGCGCAACAUGUUUGACGAGAACUAUAACCUGGCCAGCACUCAGCAACGCAAGAACAAAGAUAUCCCCGAAGGUGGUUCCAAGGGUGUGAUUUUGCUGAACCCUGGGGCCGCUCAGGAAAGACCCAGAGAGUGUUUCACCAAGUACAUCGAUUCUUUGUUGGACCUGCUUCUGAAGUCGGAUAUCCCCGGUGUCAAGGAACCAAUUGUGGACCUUUACCGUCAACCGGAAAUUCUUUUCAUGGGUCCUGAUGAAAAUACUGCCGGCUAUGUGGACUGGGCAACGCUACAUGCGCGUAAGAGAGGUGCCCACUGGUGGAAGUCCUUCUUCACAGGCAAAAAUCCCAAACUAGGUGGUAUUCCCCACGAUGAGUACGGAAUGACAUCUCUUUCUGUGAGGGCUUUCGUCGAGGGUGUUUAUCAGAAACUAGGAAUCCAAGAUCUAUCGAAGAUCAACAAAUUCCAGACGGGUGGUCCAGAUGGAGAUCUUGGUUCCAACGAGAUUCUACUCUCGAAAGAUGAGAACUACGUUGCACUGGUAGAUGGCUCUGGUGUGAUUGUGGAUGAAGAUGGAAUCGAUAAGCAGGAACUUUUGAGACUUGCUAGGGAGAGAAGAAUGAUCCAGGACUUUGAGAGAUCCAAGUUGGGCAAGAAUGGUUAUAUUGUAUUGUGUGAUGAUGUCGAUCUGAAACUGAAAUCUGGUCAGAUUGUUCCAAAUGGUGUUGCCUUCAGAAACACUUUCCACCUGAAGCUUUCAGAGUAUCUUGGUAAUGGAAAGGUGGAUCUGUUUGUUCCUUGCGGUGGAAGACCCAGUGCCAUAGACACCACCACUGUCCACUCGCUUUUGGAUGAAAAGACAGGCAAACCGGUUGUGCCAAUUAUAGUUGAAGGUGCAAACCUUUUCAUUACCCAAUCGGCCAAGCUUAUCCUCGAGCAUGCUGGAGCAAUUGUCUUCAAAGACGCUUCCACCAACAAAGGCGGUGUCACCUCUUCAAGUCUUGAGGUUCUGGCUUCCCUGUCAUUUGACGACCAAGGUUUCCUCAAGAACAUGUGUGUUGAUGAAGAGACAGGUGCGAAACCCCAAUUUUACCAAGACUACGUGAAGCAGGUUCAACAGAUAAUCAUCCACAACGCACAUAAGGAAUUUGAGAUGUUGUGGAAGCUGAAGCAAGACUCAACAAAGACUUACAGUGAACUUUCGGAUGACUUGUCACUGGCCAUAAACCAGCUCGGCGAUGAUUUGGCUUCUUCCAAAGAGUUGUGGGAAGAUGAUAUUGGUUUUAGAAACGCAGUCCUGAUAGAUUCCUUGCCUAGUCUCUUACUCCAUGAGAUUGGAAUCACCAAUAUUCUAGAAAGAGUUCCAAAGGAGUAUUUGAGAGCAAUCUUUGCAACCAGACUCGCAUCUGAAUUUGUCUAUACCAGAGGUAUCGAUGCGAAUCCAGCCAAGUUCCUGGAGUUCAUUUCAUCUCUGAGAAAGAGAUUCUCAGAGGAGAAGAUACUGUGA